CUCCUUUCCAAAUUGAUCAAUUUUUACUUACGUGCAUGUUAGUUUAACAGAAGAAAGAAAACUGUGUGUUAUUUGUUGUUUUAAUUCAGUGUUUAUUUCCAAUAUAUUUAAGUUGAAUAUAUCAUGUACAUAAAGUAGAGACUUAUGAUUUUGAUAAUGUGCAUGUAUCAAACGGAGUAAAACGUGUGAUUGAAUUUCGUAGAUAAAUUUGAACACCAAUGGCUGGAUGUGAUAUAUCGGUGCAAAAACGGGUCCUGUUGGUAUUGGCAGGUUUGUCCGUGUUCGUGGUAUUUCUGCUGUUUAUCAUACUGGACAUAGGUGUAACAGGAAACGGAAAUCACUUCAUUAGAAAACAGCAAGAUUCUGCCAUACAACAAUUUGAACAUAGUGUCUGGAACCAACAUCUUACAAAUGACAUAGAUUAUAAUGGUGGUCGUUUGUUGACAGAGGACAAUGUAGAGAUUCUAAAACCUCUAAGUGUAGAGCACUGUCAAAGUCAGAGCUUUUUGGUUUACAAAUGCGAUUCCUCAAGCUAUUGUGGAGGUUGGGCUGACCGUCAGAAGGGCAUUGUGUCAUCUUUUCUCCUGGCAUUGUUAACAAAUAGGACUUUUAUCGUCGAUAUGACAAGUCCAUGCAAGCUUAAGAGCUUUCUGCUGCCAAAUAUUUACAAUUGGUCAAUGUGUACUGCUUUUCUGGAGACUGUCUCGAAGAAAAAUUUCAGUUACUUUAAAUAUGUAUAUGGAAAUACAAGAAAGAAAUUCGUCAAUCAAAUCAAAAGUUUUAAUUUUGACAAAAACUGGACAAAAAGAGUAGUAAUUUUACGAUUUAAUGCAAAUACAAUCAAUGGAAUAAGACAACACAAACAAGCUAAAACACGACUGAAAUGGUUGAUGAAUGUAACAAAUGCAGAAGCAAUGCAUUUAGUGCUGCACACUCUGUUUAAACCAAACCAAAGAAUAUUGAAGGAUGCCGUACAAUUCUAUGAUAAUCGAAUACUAGGAAGGCAUUUAGUAUGUAGCCAUAUUCGAAUUGGGAAAAAUCCAAGUAUUCCGGCAGAUAAUACACGUGCAAGAAAACCAAAUGAAACUGUGAUAUUUGAGUUUUUGGAUAGGUACGAUGAUGACCGGAAACAUGCCAUUUACAUUGCUUCUGAUUCAGACGAUAUAAAAAGACAUGCUGAGAUCAGAUUUAAAUCAUUUGUUAAUAUAAAUCGAACAAUUGUUCAUAUUGAUCGGCUAGGGAAGUUAAGGCCUUUUACUAAAGAAGCUUGUGAAGGAUUUUAUUCAGUACUUUUUGAACAACUAAUCCUCACACUGUGUGACACACUUGUUUUGACACCUAGUGGCUUUGGAUCCACGGCGGCGUAUUUAAGAGGCGUCUCUGACAAUCUAUAUAUGUUUCAACCGGAAACACAAAGAAUACUAAAAUUAAAUGUAACCUUCUAAACAAUUUAAUUUUCGUUUAAAAGGGUAAUUUUCCAUAGAGGGGACAAAAUAUCAGAUAUAAAGUUAAAAUUAUCACAUCGUUGAUGUUGUUAUCAUAUACUUAUCAUAUACUUCUUGUUAUUCUUGCAGCUUUCUGUAAUAACAUUGUUCGAUCGAUAUAACAUUUUAAUUGUAAAUAUCAAAAGUUAACAACUGUCGGUCUUAUCUAGAUGCUUAUACGACUUAUCGUUAGUUUCAGAUAUUCACCUGAAAGUAUUGGUACAUUUUUGUGGCAUAUUUGUCAAAGGUCAAAGUUACAGGGAUUACUUCAACAUCCAACAUUUUUAUAUCUACUACAGUGUGCUGCUGCUGCAUGUGUCUUAGUAACACUAAUCCAAAUCUCUCACCCCAUACCCUCAUAUCAACCGAUCAUCUCCGCCUCUGUAUAAUUAUCAUUAGUUUUAUCAAUUUCACUUCAGUAUGUGAUAUUUUAUCACAGUAUUCUUUAAUAAGACCAAGUAACUCGAACUCCAGGGAUGCUAUGCUUAGGCCAUUUACUAUAAUAUGCCUUAUCCCUGAGUUCCAGACACACUCAGUUUUGUUGAAUAAAAAAGACAAAAUAUACCAGUAAAGAUCGAUCGUUCUAUCAUAUGGCGAAUGCAAUAAAGCAUGUACUCUUAUCUAAACCUGUACUAAACCUGUAUUUCCUGACAGUCCGGAAUGAAAUAAAAUUAAGUGAUAAUUAUGUCACUAGCUGGACUACAUCAACAUUACCUUUUGACAAUAUAAACCGUUUUCUGAACAACGUUAGUUUCACUCUGUUUUUCAUGCCGCUAUCAAAACCGUUUUACUUCUUUACAAGGUAAGAGACCAACAAUUCAAAAAUAUGAACAGGGAACAUACUAGCACUAAGGUAAUCGUAAUAUGGGUAUAAGGUAUUGUUUAGGUCGUUCCGAUCGGUCAGUUAUGUAAACCAAUAAGAUGAGAGGUAUUAAAUAUUAUAUAUAUAUAUUGCUUUAAGUUAUCAGCCUAAUGACGAAUCAGUAAAUUUGACCUAUUAUCUCUUAUCAAGUGUUAAGUUAUUGUAAAUGCAAAAACGUUAUGAAGUUAUUAUCAUUUUAAAUCAACGACUGACAGGAUGAUGUUCAGAUUGUGAUCGACUUAUUGUGAUUGAUAAUUUAACCGUUACCCUGCUAGCGGAAAGUGGUUUUGCCUUUGCGACCAGUGCAGACGAAGAUCAGGACGCGCAGGCUGAUUAUGGUCUGCACUGUUCGCUAUUCAGUGAGUAAAUCACCCCUUUGAAUAAUAAGCGGUAGUGCCCAAAUUGAAUAAUGGACCAAUCCAUUUAAAAAAUAAUUAGCAGGGUAAAGGUUCAUGAAUUAGUAUGUUGCCGAUAUAGUGGUGACGAAUAUGAAACGUGAUAGAUAAGACUGAUAUAAGAUGAACAAUAAAAUGAAUUGGAGAUUUAAUGAUGACAACAAAACUUA